AUGAGUCCAAUCUCGCAACCGCUUAAGGCGUUUUCUACAAAUGUCCUCACGAAGCGCGUGGUUGACAGGCCUACUAAUCCUGAUGGCCUCGUCCUCGAAGCAUGGGCGCAAGGAUACAUGGUCGGAUCUCUCAUCAUUAUGGCUUGUAUCACCCUUGCAAACAUGCGACAGGGUGUGAUACUCCACAAGCUCAUUCUUCUUGAGUUGAUUCUCGGCAUCUGGCAUGGCUUCUGGAUAUUCUUCCACAACCCAAUCUACGCUUGGUGGCUAUCAGUCAGUGCCAUAUUUCUCAACAUUUCCUGGUCACUGCACAACGUCAUUGCGUGGAUGAAGAUCAAGCCGUUCUUAUCAACGCCAGUGAGCUGGAUAUUUAUUGGCACAGUCGUCCUGGUGCAACCAUAUUGGGUCCUCGAAAUCUACGCGAACUUUGCCUACUUCCAUAAUAUCAACACGAUUUUCUUGAAAACACGUCCCUGGGAGGCACUCUGCAGGGAUCCAUGGUGGAUUUUUACCACUGUUGCCCUUUUCUGGAACAUCAAGGUCCGCUAUGAGAUGACCUUCAAAGAGAUCAUUCGAAUUUCACCACGCUUUGGCAUUAUGCUGGGAGCUAUGCUUCUCAGUAUUAUCUUUAUAAUUCUGGACAUCUGCUCGGUGACGGACGCCUUCAAAUCAACUCUUCCUGUCGGCAUCAACCCGUUCUGGAAAUUGAGCUUUGUCUUCAAAUGCCUCACAGAUUCGGUAGUACUGGACGAUUUCAAGACUGCACUGGACAGAUUGAGGGCAUUCAAAAUUAGUCGUCUCGGAAGUUUUUCUCAGGACACGACCGAUCGGCGUGCCCGCAACGAUGGAGCCCUUGUCCACACCUGGGAAGAAAUGGCCACCGAGGCAAAUGCACGGCCAGCAAUGCCCAGUCCAGAUGGCGAUUACGUCCAGCACAAUCACUUUCCAGGCUUCAAACUAUGCCGAAAGCACAGAGAACACAGAGAACACAGAGAACACAAAGACUCCGUAGUCGUACCUGAACAACAACAUCGCGAUUCCUCCAGUAAGAGCUUGAGGCCUGAAGAUAUCGUGCCAAGCGCACUUGAAGACCUCCCAAUCAGAUCCGUGGAGCACGCAUGCGUUGCCGAAAAGAGACCACCAGACUUCUGGGUGAGCCUGCGAGAUGAAGGACACUUGGCUGAAGAAAGUGAUUACGCCCAGGCGCUGAGAGAGGUCGAAGGCCAGAGCCCUCCAGCGAGCCCGUCAAGAAAGUCUUUUCCACGUCGGUCCCGAUCACCUUGA